GUCAGGACUUGACGGGUUUGGCUGGGAGCCCUGCAUAUGUUGCACCAGAAGUGUUGUUGGGUAGAUACUCAGAAAAGGCGGAUAUAUGGAGUGCUGGAGUGCUCCUGCAUGCUCUGUUGGUUGGUGUUCUUCCAUUUAAAGGGGAUUCACAAGAAGCAGUUUUUGAGGCUAUUAAGAAUUCCAAGCUAGAUUUCCAAACCGGGAUGUGGGAAUCAAUAUCUAAACCUGCACGAGAUCUUGUUGGGAGAAUGCUGACAAGGGAUAUUUCAGCAAGGAUAACAGCUGAUGAAGUACUUAGACAUCCAUGGAUAUCUUUCUACACAGAACGUACAUUGAAGAUCCUGCCCGUUGAAUCAAAGUUGAAGCACCAAAAUGGAGCUGCUUGCCACAACUUUGUUGCUGCACCUGAACCUAGGUUAGGAAGAAACAGGAUGGAUGAUGGGUUCCUUAAUGAGGUUUCAAGACAUCCAUGGAUAUCUUUCUACACAGAACGUACAUUGAAGAUCCUGCCCGUUGAAUCAAAGUUGAAGCACCAAAAUGGAGCUGCUUGCCACAACUUUGUUGCUGCACCUGAACCUAGGUUAGGAAGAAACAGGAUGGAUGAUGGGUUCCUUAAUGAGGUUUCAAGCCUUUCUUCAUCAUCUGAAAGUUGCAAUUCAGAAUAUCAUGAUGUUUGUGUGUGGAUUGAUGCACUUGCCAAUGCAAUUUCACAUCACUUGUCUGGGCAUCCUGGGGUUGUGACUCUGCUGGCAGUGUAUGAGGAAGCUGAUUGCUCUCAUCUGGUGAUGGAAUUGUGCUCUGGGGGAAGACUUGUCGACCAGAUGUUUAGGGAGGGCCCUUGUUCUGAACAGCGGGCUGCUAAUAUACUUAAGGAAGUGAUGUUGGUCAUCAAGUAUUGUCAUGAUAUGGGAGUUGUGCACAGAGAUAUCAAGCCUGAGAAUAUUCUGCUUACUGCUUCGGGGGAAAUAAAGCUUGCUGAUUUUGGCCUGGCCAUGAGAAUUUCUAAGGGUCAGAACUUGACGGGUUUGGCUGGGAGCCCUGCAUAUGUUGCACCAGAAGUGUUGUUGGGUAGAUACUCAGAAAAGGCGGAUAUAUGGAGUGCUGGAGUGCUCCUGCAUGCUCUGUUGGUUGGUGUUCUUCCAUUUAAAGGGGAUUCACAAGAAGCAGUUUUUGAGGCUAUUAAGAAUUCCAAGCUAGAGUUCCAAACCGGGAUGUGGGAAUCAAUAUCUAAACCUGCACGAGAUCUUGUUGGGAGAAUGCUGACAAGGGAUAUUUCAGCAAGGAUAACAGCUGAUGAAGUACUUAGACAUCCAUGGAUAUCUUUCUACACAGAACGUACAUUGAAGAUCCUGCCCGUUGAAUCAAAGUUGAAGCACCAAAAUGGAGCUGCUUGCCACAACUUUGUUGCUGCACCUGAACCUAGGUUAGGAAGAAACAGGAUGGAUGAUGGGUUCCUUAAUGAGGUUUCAAGCCUUUCUUCAUCAUCUGAAAGUUGCAAUUCAGAAUAUCAUGAUGUUUGUGUGUGGAUUGAUGCACUUGCCAAUGCAAUUUCACAUGUAAGGAUAUCUGAACCAAAGAGGAGCAAGUUGUGGGCAGUUCCAAUUCAUCAGCAAGGUUUAUAUAACAUGAGGGCUAACCUCUGUAAAGCAUUUUGACCUACUGACAGGUUGACACCCCAUAAACCACUAUCUCUGCUGCUUUAGCUGGGGUUUUAUAGUAUACUUUGCCCAACACAUUCUACAGUUGGCAAAAGUGGAUUACAUUUUUUUCCUCU